AUGACGACGCUACCUCAGCAGGUUCGGUACAUCCAACGGCCUAAAACCUCCGGCACGAUCAAUCAGAGCCAUUUGAUGGUGAAUGAGGAGAGAGAUGAGGAGAUGACGAGGUCAACAUUGGCUGCCUUUCGUGCCAAGGAAGAAGAAAUCGAGAGGAGGAAAAUCGAGGUCAAGGAGAAAGUAAAGGCGCAGUUGGGCCGUGUGGAGGUCGAGACUAAGCGCCUUGCAGAAAUUCGUCAAGAGCUUGAAGCUCUGCAUGAUCCAACGAGGAAAGAAAUUGUGGUUAUUCGUAAGAGGGUCGAUUCGAUUAAUCGAGACUUGAAGCCCUUGGGACUCAACUGCCAGAAGAAGGAAAAAGAAUAUCGUGAUGCAUUGGAAGCCUUCAAUGAGAAGAACAGGGAAAAGGGCCAGCUAAUUGCCAAACUAGUUGAGUUGGUAAGUGAAAGUGAGAAACUGAGACUGAAGAAACUGGAAGAGCUCAGCAAGAAUAUUGAUUCUCUGAGCUAA